CUCCUCUCUCGCGCUCAACCCCCGCAGAAUACUUCGGACAUGGCGAGCCGAGAGUCGAACCUGGAAGAUGGCGCCGGGACGACAGCAGCAGCAGCAGCAGCAGCAGAGCAGAUGAGGACGUCGUCCGAGUCGACGGCGUCGAGCCAGAUGAGCAAUCCGCGCCUGCGCCCGCCCAACCUGAGGCACAGCUCCGGCACCUCGCCCCUCGCCAGGGCCGGCAUCAAGGGCGAUGGACUGAUGCUCUUCAUCACCUGCUUUGCCUCACUCGGUGUCUUUCUCUUUGGGUACGACCAGGGUGUCAUGUCGGGCGUCAUCACCGGGCCAUACUUCAAGGCCUACUUUCACAACCCGACGUCGUACGAGAUCGGCACCAUGGUUGCCAUCCUCGAGAUUGGCGCCCUCAUCACCAGCCUGGCCUGCGGCACCCUUGCCGACAUCUUUGGCCGCAAAAAGGUCCUCUUCUGGGGCGCCGUCGUCUUCACCACUGGCGGCACCAUCCAGACGGCCACCAAUGGCUACCCGAUGAUGGUGCUGGGACGCAUCAUUGCCGGCUUUGGGGUUGGUGCUCUCAGUAUGAUUGUUCCCACUUACCAGUCCGAGAUCUCUCCCGCCGAGAAUAGGGGCAAGCUGGCCUGCAUCGAGUACACGGGCAACAUUGUGGGCUAUGCAUUCAGCGUCUGGGUCGACUACUUUUGCAGCUUCUUGCCUGGACACUACUCCUGGCGACUUCCCCUCUCGCUCCAGGUCAUCAUUGGCCUCGUGUUGGCCGCUGGCUCGCUCAUGCUUCCCGAGUCGCCCCGGUGGCUACUCGACCACGACCGCGACGAGGACGGCAUGCGCGUACUCGCCGACCUGCACGGUGGGGGAGACCCCAAGGAGCCACGGGCCAGACUCGAGUACCGCGAGAUCAAGGAAAACGUCUACUUUAUGCGCAGCCAGGGCGACCGGAGCUACACAGCCAUGUGGAAGCGAUAUCGAUACCGGACGUUGAUCGCAUGCUCGAGCCAGAUGUUUGCCCAGCUCAAUGGCAUCAACGUCAUCUCCUACUAUGCGCCGCUGGUCUUUGAGAGCGCUGGCUGGAUCGGACGCGAUGCUAUUCUCAUGGCUGGAAUCAACGGCAUCAUCUACGUCGGCAGCACAGUACCCAUCUGGUGGCUCAUCGACAUACUCGGCAGGCGCGUUAUCCUCCUCUCGGGCUCCGUCGCCACCGCCCUGGCGCUCAGUGCCUGUGGGUACUUUCUCUACAUCGAUGUCAGCUACACGCCUCAGGCCGUUGUGGGCUGCGUCAUCAUCUUCAAUGCUGCCUUUGGUGCCAGCUGGGGUCCCAUUCCAUGGCUAUACCCGCCCGAGAUUAUGCCGCUGGCCUUUCGGGCCAAGGGGACCAGCUUCAGCACGGCCACCAAUUGGGCCUUCAACUACAUUGUCGGCGAGGCUACGCCCAUCCUUCAGGAAAAGAUCAAGUGGCGCCUCUACUUUAUGCACGCCUUUUUCUGCCUCGUCAGCUUCUUUCUCGUCUACUUUUGCUAUCCUGAGACCAUGGGUGUGCCGCUCGAGGAAAUGGAUGUGCUAUUCAAGGACGCUGCUGGACCGAUCCCGCAGGACGACGACGAUGACGAUGACGACGACGACGCAGACGAACGCCAGCGGCUCAGACCCGAGCGGACGUCGAUCUCAUCUGAGACGGGGACGAGCGCGGCCGACGGCACAGAAAGGCAACGGACGCUAAGACGGUCCAUCUCGAGCCACCCGAGAUUCAUGUCCGAGGAGGAGCGCAUCGCCAGGGCUGCCGCGGCAAAGGUGGCCGCCGAGGAGAAACGAAAAUCGAGACCGCCGGGAUGGGCCAGCAGGCUCUUUGGCGCGGGAUCAGGGUCCUCGGCCGGUGCACCAUCGGCACGGGGCCGGACAGACUACCAGGCAGUGGAGAGCGAGGAGCAGUAGGUCAGUCUGUCAAUCCUUCGCGUUCUGGGUAAAUUAUCCUGGGCCCACGCUGACGAUGAUGCCAAAUUUGCGCGCGCUCAGGAACGAGGCCCCGACUGGAUCCCGCUCCGUGACAGACCGGGAGGGGUCACGGAGCAUCCUCACGCAACCAUCCAAGAGGAUCGAGG